AUGUCACCUUCAGCAUCGGUUCCAUCGGUUCCAUCGGUUCCAUCAUCUUCGUCAUCUCCUAAGAGUUCACCAGAAUCCAAGAUCCAACAGAAAUUCCGAAGGCAUAAAGAACUAUUUAACGAUAUCGACACUGCACAUAGAGGUAAAAUUACCUUGGAAGAUUUUGAAAGAGCGUUGGUUAGGACCGAUCAUCCUUUGAAGGAGUCUACACAUGCUAUGUCGCAAAUUUAUAAGGCAUUUUUGAAUACACCACAACCAGGGAUUAGCAGUGACCCCAACACCAAAAGGAUUCCCGAAGGUACCAGUGAGGUCGAUUGCAUUAAUUUCGGACAGUUCAAUAAUUAUUUAAUGACAGCGGAAGAACAGAUUGAACUAGGCUUUCGAGAGGUGGAUAGGGAUCAUGACGGCCGGAUAACUAAGAAAGAUGUGGAGUCUUAUUUGAGGCAGAUGGGAAUUAGACCCACAUCUUUAGAACUCAACAUAUUCUUUAACAGUCUGGACACGAGAAACCAGGGUUACGUUGCAUUGGAUACUUUCAGGGACGGGCUUCUGUUUAUGCCUCGAAUUAACGGUUCCAGAAUUACAACAGCGUUUCGAUUCUUCAACGAUGACUUUGAAAAUAUCUCUUCGGAUGGUGAUGUUACCGUAGGAAGUGACAUUCAGAAGAAUGUGGGCUAUUUCUUAGCUGGAGGUAUAUCAGGGGUUGUUUCCAGAACUACUACUGCACCUUUGGAUCGUAUCAAGGUAUUCUUGAUUGCUCGAACUGAUCUCAAUUCUACUCUUCUUACGAAAAAAACUGCCAUACAAAGAAUGGCUGAGGAGAAGGAGCAUCGCAAAGUGUCUGCUCGGAAGAUUCAGUCGCCGUUGGUUCGUGCAGCAAGAACUAUUUAUAAACAGGGAGGAUUGAAGGCAUUUUAUACGGGAAAUGGUCUCAAUGCUUUCAAAGUGUUUCCGGAGAGUGCGAUGAAGUUUGGAUCGUUUGAGGCUGCUAAACGAUUUAUGUGUCGUGUUGAGGGAGUAGAGGACGAAUCACAGCUUUCUAGGGCUGCUACGUACAUUAGUGGAGGCAUUGGAGGAGUGUGUGCUCAGAUAACUGUCUACCCUAUUGAUACAUUGAAAUACCGGAUCCAGUGCGCAUCUUUGGACUCGGAUUUCUCAGGUACUGCACUUCUGGUUCAUACUGCCAAAGAUAUGUUCAAUGAAGGGGAGCUUCGGAUUUUUUAUAGAGGUUUGCUUGUGGGAUUAGGUGGUAUGUUCCCCUAUGCGGCCUUGGAUUUGGGCACUUUCACUACCCUGAAAAGGUGGUAUAUGCGGAGACAGGCGGAAGCAGAGGGUACAUCAAUUGAUGAGGUUACACUUCCAAACUUCCUUGUACUUACUAUGGGUGCUACCAGUGGAACAUUCGGUGCAAGCAUGGUUUAUCCUGUCAACUUACUUAGAACAAGAUUACAGGCACAAGGAACUUUUGCUCACCCUUAUAGAUACACCGGUUUCUUUGACGUGGCUCGACAGACUGUUGCUAGGGAGGGAUUACAGGGCUUGUACAAAGGAUUAGUUCCAAACUUGGCCAAAGUGGCUCCUGCAGUUUCUAUCAGUUAUUUAAUCUACGAGAAUCUUAAGAAGUGUUUUGAAUUGAACUGA